AUGUUUCAAGCGCAACAAAAUCCGGGCCGCGGUGCCCCACUCGGUGCGAAUAGGUUGCAGAAUGGCAAGAUGGGUGCUGCGUCUCAAUGGGGGUUUGGAGCUCCAAUGGGUGCGCCAGGCCUAUCGAAUGCGCAAACACGAACAAACGGCGGGGCCAUGUCAAGCUUCGCGCAAGCAAUGGGCGGCUCGCAGCCACAUACGCCGCUGAAUCUUGAGGAAUUCCCUUCGCUGUCGGGCGCGCCGCAAGCGCAACAGAACACUACCGCGCAGCAGAUGUGGUCGAACCCCACCCUACGAACCACCCAGCAAGCCCAGCAAAACACGAUCGGACGUCCGCAAGGCCAAGGUCAACAGCAGGGCCAAGGGCAGGCAACACAGGCUACGAAUCAACAACAGCAGAACCAGGGACAGGAUGAUUCAUCCCAAAGCCAGUUCUCUGGUGCUGGGGAUGAUUAUCGUUUUGGAGGACAAGGGGGUGUCGGACAGUUGGGGGGUGUUCAGCCGCAGACAGGCAACAUCGAGGAGUUCCCUCCAUUAGGGGGCGCUGGCGGAGAUAUUCCACAAGAUCGAAGAGCUGGCCUGAUACAGAACGCAGCGGCAUUCGGUGCGAAUGGAAACAGCGCCUUUCCUGGGCUCGGACAAACACGGAACGGCCUCUCAAGCCCGACAGAUAGCCAGCAAGACCGGAGCAUCAACCCCACUGUGGGUGGCAGGGCACCGCCAGGUACAUCAUCACGGACACCAUUUGAGAACAUGCGGACAGGCAACCAAGCAGAUGGAAACCAACGGAUAGGGCAGCAAGGGAACAUGUUCUCCCUAGGUCCUCAGACAAGCAUGCGGGGUGGUGCUGAUCUCGCCCCGGGCGGUCAACGGCAGCAGCAGAAUCAGUUCGAGCAAACAUUUGGGUCUGACGUUCUCGGCUCCCCGAACGCGCAAAAUAUGCUACACAAGAAGCUCUCGGACAUGACGGACUCGGAAAGAUACGGUUUACCUGGACUUCUGUCCAUGAUUCCUAUGGACAGCCCCGACUAUUCCUCGCUGGCUAUGGGCCAAGAUCUGACAGUUCUGGGCCUCGAUCUGAGCCGGCCAGAUAAUUCUCCAUUACAUCCUACGUUUGGUUCACCUUUCGUGGAAUCCAACGUCAAGCCAGUAAUUCCACCAGAUUUCACUCUACCGGCGGCGUACACUGUAACAAAUGUUCCACCACUGCAUUCGAAAAUGGCCAGCUUCUCCGCCGAGACACUAUUAGCUAUCUUCUAUCAAUUCCCGAGAGAUAUCUUGCAAGAAAUUGCUGCACAAGAGCUAUACAACCGCGAUUGGCGGUGGCACAUGAAGCUCCAGCAGUGGAUGAUGAAGGAUCCAGAUCUCGCGGCGCCUAUCAGGAUUUCGCCAAAAGAGGAACACGGAUGGUAUCUAUUCUUCGAUGUUAAGAACUGGAGGAGAGAAAGGAAAGAGUUCGACCUCAACUACGAUCACCUUGAUCAACGCCACGGUAGCCCUGCUAUGGCGGGACAGAUGUAG